GGAAGCGGCGGCCGGGCAGCCAUGUCGCUUUUGUCUGCGGCGCGGGCGGCCCUGCGAGUGUACGCGGUGGGCGCGGCGGUGGUCGUGGCGCAGCUGCUGCGCCGCCGCCUCCCGGGCUUCGCGGAGCCAGUUUUCCCCCGACAACUCGAGCGUGUUGCUAUAGUGACCGGCGGGACUGAUGGCAUUGGAUAUGCGACAGCGAAGCAUCUGGCCAGACUGGGCAUGCACGUCAUCAUAGGCGGAAAUAACGAAGGCAAAGCGGAAGAAGCUGUGAGAAAGAUAAGAGAGGAAACCCUCAAUGACAAAGUGGAAUUUCUGUAUUGUGACCUGGCGUCCAUGAGGUCCAUUCAGCAGUUUGUCCAGAGGUUCAAGAUGAAGAAAAUCCCACUCCACGUACUGGUCAAUAACGCUGGUGUAAUGAUGGUGCCGCAGGGGACCACCGAGGACGGCUUUGAGGAGCACUUUGGUGUGAACUACCUGGGGCACUUCCUGCUGACCAACCUCCUCCUGGACACCCUGCGGGAGUCGGGUGCCCCCGGCUGCAGCGCGAGGGUGGUGACCGUGUCCUCGGCCACGCACUACGUCGGGGAACUGAACUUGGACGACCUUCAGAGCAGCAGCAGCUACUCGGCGCACGCGGCGUACGCCCAGAGCAAGCUGGCCCUCGUGCUGUUCACCUACCGCCUGCAGGCGCUGCUGGAGGCCACGGGCAGCGCCGUGACCGCCAACGUGGCUGACCCCGGCGUGGUGGACACCGACCUGUAUAGACACGUCUUCUGGGGCACACGGCUCAUUAAGAAGCUGUUCGGGUGGUGCUUAUUCAAGACCCCGGAUGAGGGAGCCCGGACCUCCGUCUACGCAGCGGUCACCCCAGCGCUGGAAGGCCGUGGGGGCUGCUAUCUUUACAACGAGAAAGAGACCAAGUCUCUGGGGGUCACGUACGACCUGGAGCUUCAGCGACAGCUGUGGGCCAGAAGUUGCCAGAUGACGGGCAUCGCCGAUGUGACCCAGGAGGUCUUCUAGGGUUAGCCACCCGCCGGGGAGACCGUGAUCUGCCAGGCGCGCGCAGGUGUGUCUGUGCUGGACCACGUGUCUGCGUCGUUCACAUCCCCCGCCCUUGGGGCUCUGUCUCCCCAGCGUCUCCCGUCGGCUUCCUUGCCCUGGGCCGGAACUUGAGGAGAAGAGGAAUGCUGAGUGCGACCCCAAGUAGCUGGCCCUCAGCCAUGAAUCUCGUGAUCCCCGAUGUGUCCAGUUGUACCGGGUGCCCUGAGUCAUUAAACCCUGCCAGCCACGCA